CCGGCCCAAUCAUCAUCUAGCCCAAGUUGUCCAAGCUUUGAGUUUAAGUUUGAGAACAUGAGAGGGGAUCAGGCGGCAGGCCGAGGAGGCAGGUCAGAUGAGUUUCCAACACGGCGGCCCGAUCCGCAGGUCGGAUCGCUUCCCCAUUCUGCGAGCACUACCAAUCGCGAUGGAUUAGAAUGCAUAACAAGUGAAUUUUCUUCCUGUUCUCAAGAUCCUCCUCCUGCUCCACCUUCGUGAUUUAAUAUGUCGUUCACGAUUCCUCUGCGUCAAAAAUUGUCUGGUGGAGAGCAAGCUGCAGGGGCCUGGCUUACACUUCCCAGUACGGCUAUAGCGGGUACCAUUGCAAGAACACAAAAUGUUUCUUGGGUUCUCAUUGAUGCUGAGCACGGUCUAAUCAACGACACACAUCUCUACGACCUUGCCAAUGUCAUCGCCGCAAAUGGGGCUUCUCCCAUAAUUCGUGUCCCUUCUGAGGAAACUUGGUUAAUCAAGGAACCCCUCGACUCCGGCGCCCAUGGAUUAAUGGUACCCAUGGCCAACAGUGUGGAAAUCGUCCGAGGAAUCGUUCGCGCGACAAAAUACCCUCCAGUCGGGAUUAGAGGAUUCGGACCAAUGUUCACCGGCGCAACCGGCGCUUUGGGUGGUGCAUACGCGGCUGCUGCUAACAGUGAACUGGUCAUCUCUGUUCAGAUAGAACAUCCUCAAGCUGUCGCGGAGAUCGAAGAGAUUUGUCAAGAGGGUAUUGAUGUUGUUUUUAUCGGCCCGUUCGACCUAGCACUUUCCAUGGGGGUGCAAUUUGGCAGCGAAGCACACGAAGCCGCCAUUUCAAAGAUUCUUGCUUCAGCGAAAAAACACGGGAAAGUCGCAGCCAUCUUCUGUCUCAACGGCGAACAAGCAGCCAAACGAUUCGCGCAAGGUUUCCAAAUGGUCAGCGUCACCACGGACAUAGACACUCUCACCACUGCGUUUGCUAACGAGUUGACUGCGGCUACUGGGAAAAAUACAGAUGCGGUCAAAGGGUAUAGUGCGUAAUUCAUGUAUAUCUAAUAACCCUCAACAAACCAAUUAGUAUCAUUGUAUAUCAUUGUCAAAUCUUGGGUCGAUACGACCAAGAAUCGAGAUCACUGGUGACCAUGAGGAUGGCGGUAAAGUCAUCUGUAGUCGUUGCAGGCAAAGUACGUUGAGUACGUUGAAGAAAACUUAUAUCCCACUGCCGCCGAACACAA